AUGGUGACCACGCGCUCCUCCACCAAAGCCUCCUCCGCAGCGCCCAACCUCUGGGUCCACGCGCCGUCCAAUCUGACCCUAAUCUGGUUCGCCAUCUCUCUCCCGCUCGUCGUCUGGGACAGCGUGUACGUGCUGGGCCGCCCGCACACGAUGGAGGGCGGAAGCCUUUUCUGGCCGCUAUAUGUACCCUACAAGUUGUACGGCGAGGUCGACCACGUGUACGGCUGGAAGGCGUUCAAUGCACACAAUGGCUUCACGGCCGCCCAGGGCGCGCUGAAUGUCCUCGAGACCGCCAUGUACGCCUUCUACGUAUGGACGUACCUUCGCGGCGGCAAGACCGUUGCCGGCCGCAGCACGAGGGUCCUGGAUGGGCGGCCGGCUGCCCUCGCCGUGCUGACGGCGUUCAGUGCUGCGGUUAUGACCUUGAGCAAGACGGUGCUUUACUGGUUGAACGAGUACUUUUCGGGCUUCGACAACAUCGGGCACAAUACCAUCGCAGAUCUGAUUCCGCUGUGGAUUAUCCCGAACGGUGCUUGGCUCAUCUUCCCUUCUUAUAUGAUUUACGUGAUGGGCAACGAGAUCGUACAAGGUCUCACGACUGCCUCGGAAAGGGGUUCCAUCAAGUCCGUGUAA